GCUUAUUUCCUUCCUCUCAUGAGUGCGUUGCUAGUCAUUGUCAACAAGAAUGAAUGCAUGCUUGAAAUUGUUUUUCUUCUAUCCUUGCAGUCUAGCUAUUGUGUGCUGCUGAUUAGUUCACACUCGAAAUUAAUCACAUGCACUGUAAAACACAUUUAGUCCAUUCAGCUAUCAAAUGAAUUCACCUGCUGCCUUAAAAUUGUCAAAAAGAAAAAUUAAAAGCUGUAGCUGAGACUUGAACCCGUGGCUUCUAUGCCAUAACGGGAAACGUUAUCAACUGAGUAAACCUCCACAUUCCAGUUAAGUGAACACAACACAUGAAAGUAAGUUUAAAAAUACAAAACUUGUCAGAUCUUUGAGUUUUUAAUUUAAAAAAAAUGCGAAACUUGUCAGAUCUUUGAGUUCACAAGAAUAAUUCAUUUAACAUGACUAAAAGUGCUUUACACACACACAAGGGACGCUGGUGGAAGGUUGUGUCAAUAAAGCAGGACGGGUGUUGUUCCCAUGACCUGAAAGAGCAAAUGUUGACGCAAGGACAACAGCGACCUUCAUGUGACCUUAAGUCUGACAGCCUGAACAACAUUCAUGAAGGCGCUCCUAGUGUCCAUCAUCAUCAUGUGCGUUUCGGCUCGGCCAUCUUGCCGACUGCUUGCUCAUCGUGGGUGUGCUGUGAAGGGCAACGUGACGCGCAUUCUCACCUUUAAAAACACCUUACGCCAUUCAGCUAACUACACCCAAAACAACACCUCCUUUAAGCCCAAGCACACCUCCUUAAUGCCUAACCUUACUUCCUUUAUGCCUGACCACACCUUAAUGCCUAACCUCACUUCGUUUAUGCCUAACCUUACUUCCUUUAUGCCUAACCACACCUCCUUAAUGCCUAACCACACCUCCUUAAUGCCUAACCUCACUUCCUUAAUGCCUAACGUCACUUCCUUUAUGCCUAACCUCACUUCCUUUAUGCCUAACCUUACUUCCUUUAUGCCUAACCACACCUCCUUAAUGCCUAACCACACCUCCUUUAUGCCUAACCUCACUUCCUUUAUGCCUAACCUCACUUCCUUUAUGCCUAACCACACCACUUUUACGCCCAACCAUACCUCUACCUUUACAUUCAACCACUCUACCCUUGCAUCCAACCACACCUCCUUUAGAGCCAAUGAGACGACUGCAUCGGCCUUUGUGAUGGUUCUUCCAAUGGCACAGAGCAGCCUUCCUGCAAGAGGUGUAAGCGUGUCCUCCACGAACGAAUGUCCACUGUCCACCUGCGUCACAUCAAACCUUGGCUCCGCCCUACAAGGUGGAGACGAGAAGGCCGGCCAAUCUACAGUCGACCCAGAUGGCUUUGGGAAAAAAUGAUCGCGUGCUUCCUCCUCUUCAUCGUCAUCACUGCAGGUCGCCUCGUUACAAACAGUGCUGCCAUGGCAACGCUCUUUAUGUCGCGUCCAGGGACUCCUUCAUCAUUGAUAUUUAUUGACCUUCAUUCUCAUGCGUGUGUGUAGUGAGUGCUUGUCUCUGUGCAGAUUGAAGCUUUUUUUAGCCAGCUGAUGCUAAGCUAAAGCAUCUGAUGCUAAGCUAAAGCAGCCGAUGCUAAGCUAAAGCAGCCGAUGCUUAGCCAAAGCAGCCGAUGCUAAGCAAGAGCAUACGAUGCUAAGAUAAAUCAGCCGAUGCUAAGCUAAAGCAGCCGAUGCUAAGCUAAAGCGUCCGAUGCUAAGCUAAAGCAUCCGAUGCUAAGCUAAAGCAGCCGAUACUAAGCUAAAGAUGUGUACAAAGUGUCAGUGCUAGCUGGUCUGGAAGGUCGUCUUCAUUCAACACCAACACAAUAACACAACUUCUAUCAUUUUUAUACAUGCUACAUGUCGUGUAUGUGUGUGUCGUUUAUUUUAUACAUACUGAUGUUGUGUAUGUGUGUGCUUGUUGUUGGUUAUAAUGGAGUGUCAGAGGUUUUUGACAUGAAUAAGGCAGAAAAAGAAUGUUUUUUUUUACUUUUGUACUGUAUAAUAAUAUUAAAUAUGUACGUAAAUGACUAAUAAUGCCAUGAGUAAUGUAGUAGUGAAUAUUUGCAGUAUACAAAAUGGCCAUUACGCGGUAGCAACAUCCCAAGUGUCAUUUAGUCAGUUCUCGCCACGAAGAAGAAACGUCUAGAAUAUCAGCAUCUAGAGCCGAGCCUGCCCAAUGGUGCAUAUUUAGCUGCCAUUUUUAAAGUAAUGGUCUAUAAUCCUAAUAAGUGCAGCCGUUUGGAAGAUUCUAAACAAAAACAAGCCAGGAAUGACACGCUAAGACGUCAAAAAGCUGUCCAUUUUGCACAGACGACACCGCAAGCCGAUCUACUUGCACAGCUCUACGACAGCGGCUCGCUGUAUUGUUUUGAUAGAAGAGCGUUCCCUCGCCGUCAGCAACGGUUGACAUUCCCAAAGGUUAGUUUGAGUUGUGUCGUUAACGUGACGUUCACAUCCUCGUUAAUGUAAUUUGUGUGAAACUCUGUCGCAUUUGGUACACGUUGGUUUGUUUACAAGGAUCGUGCUGCUAGCUAACACGGGCUAAAGUCUGCAGCAGAGCUAGCUAGCUAGCUAAUUGCCAAAAACAAUACCAUUGAUUGUCGUCUUAACGCUCAGUUAAGCUCUUGACAUUCACUCACUAUGAUUUCAUGUUUGAAACGAUGCAUGUAAGAGCUAUUUGUUGCUAUUAAGUGAUAAUUGACCUUUAAUUUAUUGUUGACUAACGUAACCAAAGCAAGUAAUGUUAUCGUGACGUCAUCAACAAUCUAAUUCAAGUUGUUUCCACUCAUUUGUAAUAGUGCAAAUAGUAUAUAGUAGUAGUAGGAAUAAUAGUAAUGAUUAUAAUAAUAGUGUAUUUGUUAUAUGUCCGCUCUUUAAAGCUUCACUUUAAAAAGCCAACACUUUUCGCCGGUCUCUAAUAGUUUAGGUAGCUUGGCCUCUUCGGAGGGUAUCUACGUUUACGGUUCUUUAUUAUAAAAUCGGGUGUCUGUCGCAAUAUUUACAAAGUGACGUCAAUUAUUCAGGACAAAACAUCUUUGGAGUUGUUGUUAGGGUUCCUAUCCAGUAGGGGGCAGUGUAGCUCCAUAAAGCAGCAAACUCAUCGUGAUGGAAAUAUCGGCUCUUUUUAGAGAGCCGGUUCUUUUGGUUCGGCUCACCAAGAAAGUUGAUCACAUUGAAUUGUGAACAUGAAACAUGGCGUCGUCUUGUGUCUGAUUGGAAGAGGCCCAAGAAAGGACAUUCCACUGGAAAGGCCAGCAUGGUUUAUUCGUGUCCCUUGCAGAGGCCAGAUAUGCGUUGGUGGCUGUAACAAUGCAAUAUUUAUGUAGUUUCUGUUAGAAAGAACGUGAGCAUCAGCAAAGGAAAAAGCCAGGAAAGGAAACCCACGUGGACGUUUGUGGCAGAUGGACCUUUUCCCAUGGUGUGUCUUGGCAGGAAUGGCCUCCAGGAUGUUUGACACUUACUUCCUGUGCAGAGUUGAAAAGUUAGUGUUUAGUCUGAGCUCUUUGCCAGCAGCGUGUUUUGGUUUAUCUUGAAAGAUGUCCGUCCAGUCCAGUCUUCCAAGGCUGGAGAUGAGAGACGUGUCUUUGUGAAAUAUUGGGAUGAAAUGUUGAUGUCCUGCUGUUGUUGAGAAGGCAUGGAUGAGCAGCAAUCUCCUGCAGCCAACACGGACAACAGCAGCCAGAGAAAUGGAGAAGAGAAGACAAGGCGUAGCAGCUGGACCAAAGGGAGGAAGCGGAAGAAGCCCAUGAAGGACCGGAACGCUCCCAAGGCGCCGCUGACGGGCUACGUCCGCUUCAUGAACGACCGGCGGGAACAGCUGCGGGCCGAGCGUCCUGACGUGCCGUUCCCGGAGAUCACCAGGAUGCUGGGCAACGAGUGGAGCAAGCUGCCCCCAGAGGAGAAGCAGAGAUACCUGGACGAGGCGGAGCGCGACAAGGAGCGCUACAUGAGGGAGCUGGAGAAGUACCAGAAGACAGAAGCCUACAAACAUUUCACCAGGAAGGUCCAAGACAAGCAGAAGGGGAAGCGACACAGAGGAGAUGUUGGCAGCCAGGCAGCCAGUGAGGUUCUCCAUGAGAAGGAUGCGGAAGGGAAGGACAGAAGCGUUUUUGACAUCCCCAUCUUCACAGAGGAGUUCCUCAACCACAGCAAAGCCCGCGAGGCCGAGAUGCGGCAGCUGCGCAAGACCAACAUGGAGUACGAGGAGCGCAACGCGGCGCUCCAGAAGCACGUGGAGAGCAUGCGCGGCGCCGUGGAGCGGCUGGAGGGCGACGUGAUGCAAGAGAGGGGACGCAACGGCCUCCUCCACCAGCACCUGGAGACCCUACGACAGGCACUCGCCGCCAGCUUCUCCUCUGUGCCUCUACCAGGCAGUGGAGAGAUGGCCACGCUGGACAGCAUCGACGCGUACAUGAAGAAGCUGCACAGCAUCAUUGUCAGCAACCCACAAGAACACGAGAACCUCAUCAACACUGUGAGAGACCUGGUCAACCGUUUGGACAGAUAAUUGGGGCGGGUCCAAUCACAGAAGAAGAGAAGCAUGCCAGCCCUCAGCCGUCACUGCCCCCCGUCCCCUCAAGCCCCAAAACACUUUUAGUACUCUGCAAAGGUGAUGAUGAUGUAGCUCCUUCAUAUUGAUUUCUUUUUCAUACAUGUUACCUAAUUGAUGUAGCUGCAUGCAAAGGAAACAAUAACCAACAUCAUCUUUAGCACUUGAUAUUUUGGAAAGGCCCGUGUUGUUUAUCUCCUCUGUCUUUUCAAUAAAGUUUACAUAAGCACACGAUAUCUCCAUGUGGGUGCUUUUGUAUUUUUACAUUAAUCCUGCUGCUCAUCCUCCAUUGAGCACCACUUAACACCUAAUUUAACUUAACCUGCUACUCAUCCUAACCCUGAACACCAUUUAACACAUUACUUACACACCUUCACUUAGCUUCAUUUAUUGCUAAUCCUCCACUUAACACACACAGCUUCACUUCACUUAAUCUAACUCAGACAUAACCUAACUUCACUUAACCUCACCUCACUUAACCUUAACUUCACUUAAUCUAACUCAGACAUAACCUAACUUCACUUAACCUAACUCAGACAUAACCUUAACUUCACUUAAUCUAACUCAGACAUAACCUAACUUCACUUAACCUCACUUCACUUAACCUCACUUCACUUAACCUUAACUUCACUUAACCUAACUCAGACAUAACCUAACUUCACUUAACCUUAACUUAAUGUAACCAAGUUAAACAUAACCUAACUUCACUUAACCUAACUUAAUGUAACCUUAGUUAAACAUAACCUAACUUCACUUAACCUAACUCAGACAUAACCUAACUUCACUUAACCUAACUUAAACAUAACCUAACUUCACUUAACCUAACUCAGACAUAACCUAACUUCACUUAACCUUAACGUAACCUAACUUAAACAUAAACUAACUUCACUUAACCUAACUCAGACAUAACCUAACUUAAUGUAACCUAAGUUAAACAUAACCUAAUGAUUGGGGCAUCUGCUUGGGCGCCGGGCGGGGGGCCACUCCUCUUGUGGGCUCUGUCGUGCGGUGCUUGCUUCUCUGUCCCUCCGUGGCGCCUCUGGCUUGCGUGCUUCGUGGGUGUGGCCGUGCUCCACUCUAUGUGGGGUCCGGUCCUCUUGUGGUCGUCGUAGUGUUGCUCACUUGCCGGCCGUGGUGGUAUGCGGGGGGCGCGUGGGCGCGGUUCCCGCUGUCCUGGUGGCGGUCGGAUCUGCCUUGGG